AACUAGAUACUUUUAUAAAGUAACUUGCCCAACCCUGCACUUGAUUUUCUUAUUUCGUGUAUUUUAAUUUAAAAGAAACGAAAGUCAAACGCACGAUAUCAAAUGAAGUCCUUCUAAUCAGAGUCCGGCCAAUAGGCGGCAACUUGGUCCUGGCGACUCCCGAAAAAGAGAAAGGAAAAGCGAAACAGGGAGAAGGGUGGAGAAAUAACGUAUGUAUAUAUUCUCCUUUCUCCCAUCAGUCACGUCUAUCAAUCAAUCAACGAACAUGGUUCAAUCAUCCAAAUAUACUUUGUCUUAUCGGAUAUCGAUUUAUUAUUCUUCUCCUUCGGGUGUCGAGCAUUGCUAGCUACUGCACAUCAGUGUCCUGACUUAUCUUCGAGUUCUUUCAGAUCACACGUCUUGCAAUUUGCCUCGUUUCAACUUCCCUCCGUUCCGUACAAGAAAUCGCGCGUGUAACGAUGCUACAUUAGCGCGAAACAACGCCGUUUUGUAUGGCAAGUUAAAAAAAUCGCAGACGGACACGUCCGAUGGGAAACUCGAAAUGGCGCAGAGGUCGCCACCGCCCACUUGGUCUCGGCCGCGCAUGACCCACGGGCGACUUGACGCGGUGGCGGCGCGCAACAACGGCGGCGCGGCGGGGAUAACCCGCUAAUUAUCAAUGGCGCGAUGACGCGGACGGCGUACUACAAAUGGCGGGUAAUGAAACAGCUGUUCACGCCACCGUCGGCUCGACAUCUAGCGGAGCGCGGGCGCGAUCCGGCACGCGUCGGCGACGACGUCGACGUUGGGUACGCCGCGGCGAGGAAGCGCGUAGACGUGGUGCUAGAGGAAGGGCUGGGACGGCGGUGCCCGCUGGUGACCUGUCCAAGAGGAACAUGGCUGCUGGCUGCUGCGGCGCGAAGAAGCAGAGGCUGGGCGGCGGUGGCGGCGGCGGCGGCGGCGGUGGAGGCGCGGCGCCGAGCUUGUCGCCGUGCCGCGACGGCACCGCCAUACGGCACGGCGUUCCUCAACUGAGGAAGCCCGCGGCGAUUGCCCAGCCGGAGAUGGGCUUCUUCUGCUUCGACGUGCUCUACUGCCAGCUGCACCAGCUGGACCCGCCGAAGGCGCCCAACUUCAGCAACGAAGCGUUCCCUUUAUUUGUGACGUGGACAAUAGGAAAAGACAUGAGAUUACGAGGUUGUAUUGGUACUUUUAACGCGAUGCAUUUACAUGCUGGGCUACGCGAGUACGCUACAACUAGCGCAUUCAAAGACUCACGGUUUAAUCCGAUAACUCGAGACGAGCUGCCGCGCUUGCACGUAAGCGUGUCAAUUUUGCGGCACUUCGAGGACGGAGUUGACUACUUAGAUUGGGAAGUGGGUGUGCACGGAAUUCGCAUAGAAUUCCACAAUGAGAAGGGUAACAAGCGGACGGCUACUUACCUGCCCAGCGUAGCUAUGGAGCAAGGAUGGGACCAGAUACAAACGAUAGAUUCUCUGCUACAUAAGGGUGGCUUCAAAGGCCUAGUCACACCCGAUAUCCGUCGUAGCCUGAAACUGACUCGCUAUCAAAGCGAGGAGGUCACCGUGAGCUAUCAGGAUUACAUGACGCAUUGUCACAAUCGGAGAUGCUAGCAGAUCGCCUGGGGUCCCGGUCAGGGACCCCUGGCCCAACGCGCCGCCGAGGCUCGCUACAACAAUGCCCAUAUCACGGUCAAUUCGUCUCACUUGCAGAACGAUGGCGCACGAUACAAUUCCUUCGCGUCCGGCCAGCAGUGCUUGCAGAUCGUCGCGCAGCCGAGUCGCUCGACGUUCAUACAUCCGUUACCCUUACCAUCGCUCACCCCGGUCAUGAUACCGAUACGUAACAAUCCACCCCUCUGGUGGGACAACGCGGGUCCGUCCUAUCCGCCCGCGCCGCUUUAUCCCCGACCGCCGCAUCGCUUCCUGACGCAGGACACCGCGGAGCGCGGGGUACGUAAGCGGAAAUGACAUUGGAGGCGGUUGUUUCUCGCAAUCUUCCACUGUUUAAAGUGGUGCGUGUUUCUGUGUCUCAGCGUACACAGUCUCCCGUUUAUGCUACCGCAUGCUCCGUCUUGAGAAUAAUGAAACUUUCGUAUACGAUGGCAUCGUUUAAUUGUUGCGCAUUGCAAUUAAUUACAAAUAACGUAACUUUUACAAGGCUCGAAACUUGAUUAGAGAUUGUAGCUACAUUGACACGUGUUUAAUUUUCCAAAUAAUUUAAGAUUAUAUUGAAACAAUUUCCCCAAAUUUUUUAAUUCGAUUUCGAAGAUUGAUAAAGAAUAGAAACUAUAUUAAUUGCUCAAUUAUUCGAUGGUUGUGUUAUUCAUUAAUUCUACUUUUCUCACAAAUGUGUGUGCACUGAAUUCUUUUUUCGCUUAUAACAAUUAACGCUGCCAUCGUUUCGUGAAGAAAUCUGUAUUUGCAUCGAUAAUAUAAGAAUGACAAUGAAUACUUUUAUAAGACAGUGAUUACAUCUAAAAUUCACUGCCUGCUUUCACACGAUAUAAUGUACAAAAACGAUGUCGGAAUUAUUCCAUUUUUUUUAGCAUAAUGUAUAUGAUACAUAACAUUCUUACGCAUCAAGUGAAAGUUGGAAACAAUUCUUCAUGUUUUUCAUACAUUUCUCUCUGUUCACGUCUUUCAUUGGUCAUAGAACGCGUUUUAGCUACAUCAUAUAGAGUACUAGUUUGCAUUACAAGAAAGGAACUUUCCUUAGGUCUUCUGAACUCGCCGCGGCCAUGUUGGAAAUUAUGGAGGCGAGAAAUGACAUGCUGCGCAUUCUUGCGUGCCACUUUUACAUCGAAAAGUUUUAGGGUGAAACAUUUUUCAGGUCGCUUUAGCGCACUUGUAAAAUUGUCCGAAAACUAUCCUUCCCCUUUGACAGUUAAUAACCAGCCGUAAAAGAAAUGUGAUGCGAAGCCUUGUCGUAUCCAGUCAGCAAAACGUUAGCAGACACCAAAAUAGCCAUCUGUGUCCACACUUGGCUUUUGUUUUAGCAACAGGAUCUGUAAAACAUACACUGUCAACAAAUUGUCGGCGGAAACCGAGCAAGUCCAGUUAUGUGAGCAGAUUUUGUUGUAUUUCUACUGACAUACUGGCAACAUGUUGAAUAUGUCAGUUCCUGUAUGCAAUCUGCAGUCUUUCUGCCUUCAACAUCUGUUCUGACCGACUUUUGGCUAUCUGGGUAUACGCUAGGCUUAACUAGACUUCGCAUUACGUUCAUUUUACGGAAAAUGAUGGUUUUCGACAAUUUUAUAAAUGUGCCAAAGCGAUCCAAAGUCUUUUUCCAUCCAAAUAUCUUUUCUUAAGAAUGACAGGCAAAAAUUUUCUCGCACUUCAAUAUGGCCGCGGCAAAGAUCCAGGAACUUGAAGAUACUUUAAGAUAUUUAGUCGCAUCAAAAAGACAGCAAGUUUGACGAGGAAACAAAUAAAUUAUCUGUGGUUAAUUGUGAUUUAGUUAUUAAAGUAUAAAAACUAAAGACUAAUUGAAACUUGACUCAUAACACAGUAGCAAAUAUAAAUAGUAGACAUGUAAGUUAGACGUAAAAGUAUUAAAAAGAAGUAUAAAAGAUCUCAUUGUUUUUCGAUUAUCCGACUGAUAAGUUAUCAUGAUUUCGUGAUAGUUGCACCAAUUGCGGUGUCUCACGCAUCUAUCAAUGCAUAUUUCGCAAGUUUCAAUCGUAUCUUUUAAUAUUACGAUAUAAAUUAGUGGCAUAUUUCCCGGCGUUCCUUCUACUUCCCUUGAAUUGCCAGCUAUUCUUAAGAAGCGGGCUUUAAACACUGCCAAUUUAUUCGCCCUGUUAUAUCCUUUUUUUUUAUAUUAAUGGAAAUAUUCGUUAGAAAUAAAAAAUGAAAAUUGUUAUCGUAUCUUAUCUUUGUUGUAGCAUGCGUUGUUCUCCGUGUUAUCCGUGUUAGUGCGCGUUAUUAUAUAUUUACGUGAAACAUAUUGUUUGCAUCGAUAAUUAUAAUUAGCGAGUUGAUAAAAUCUUGCCUUCUGUGAAUCUCGGCAUAAUAUAAACGUCCAACGAACUGCCACAUACUUGUCGAUUCACAUAUGCACUCGUUUGGUCGACGGUACUUCGUUUGCGUAAUAAUUAGACAUUAUUAAGCUAGCGCCACGCUAUGCGCGAUUCGCGAUUCGUUUAUUCGUGAAUAGUGUGGAGGAGAAGUCCGUCGAUUCGCCAUUCGCAGUGAUUCGCUAGUCGAGCGAUUUUUGACGAAGAUAGUGGUUUUUGACUGAUAUUGAAACUUGACUAAUUGUAGACUUAUGAUAUGACUCCUGUCACGACAGGUAAAAGUUAGACGUUGUCGACGUUAGCACAAACGAAACGACAAAUAACAAAUUACGAUAAACUGCGAAUUACGAAUACUGUGGUAAAGCUAGCGCCACGCUAUGCGAUUCGUGAUUCGUAAAUUCGUGAAUAGUGUGGGGGGAAAAAAUUCGUCGAUUCGCCAUUUUGACUAAGAUAGUAGUUUUUGACUGAUAUUGAAACUCGACUAAUUGUAGACAUAUGAUCCAAGUCCUGUAAUGACGAAUAAAAGUUAAAAGUUGUCGAAGUUAACACGAACAAAACGACAAUUAAAUUACGAAUGAUAAACCGCGAGUCACGGAUAGUGCGGUAAAUAAUAACGAAUAUCCAUUUCUGCGAAUCACGAAUAGUGCAUAGUGUUGCGCUAGCUUUACGGUUUACACGUACGAAUAAUGCAUUGUCACCGGUGAGAAUGAAAAUAAUUCUGUCUAGCGUUGUGCAAUUACGCUCUCGCGGUAUACAAGUGAAUUGUAUUCGUGUUUGCCGAAGGGAGUUUGACGGCAAUACAAUGAAAACGUGCUCACUUAAAAGUGAGUCGUCGAUGUUAACGCAAUGCAAAUUAAAUAUACACACAUCUAGCCGUAUUGAACGUAUUUUAAGAUCGAUAAUCGUCAUACGAAUCUACUGAAUAAAAUCGUUCUGUAUUUUGUGAAACUGCCACAAAAGUCCACUCGGUGUGCGCGCAUUUUGUAAUUGCGUAGAGUAAGCACUUUGUACACACGUAGACGUUUAGUACUGUGCUCUUUUGCUCUUUCUCUCCCGAUGAUUAAUACGUUGUAACGCGAGAUUGCACGACGAAAAAUAUUAACAAUUUCUAAAGCGAGGCGUACUUGUCAGGUUAAUAUUUAUUAUCGUACUUGAUAUCAUCUGAUAUUAGUGUAAUAUUAAUGCGGUAUCAAGCGAGUGUAUGCUCACAUUGAUUGCAUUUGUAAAUUAAUAAUGCAGCGGACCCACAGGUUAUUCUUUACUUAUUCGUAAGUCGAAUACAGCGAACAUAACUCUCUCUCUCUCUCUCUCCGUCUCUCCCUUCCCCCUCUCUUCUUCAUUUCGCCUACUUCUCACAUUAAGAAACCAAUAGAAUCAUGCAAAAAUUACAUCAAGGUACUACAGGCAAUUCUUAUUGCAAUGAAAAGAUAAAAUAAACUUUUAUAUUGUCAUAA